AUGCCUAGCCUCACAAAAUGGCGCAUCGAGCUCAUCUCCCUUAACAACGAAGGCUGUCGCUUCUAUUUGGACCAUUACAAGCCCUUUAGGCUGGCUGCGUUGGAACAAGAUCCUGAUGCCUUCGGCUCGACUUACGAUAGAGAAAUCAGAUUUACUGACCACGACUGGCUCAGCCGCAUUAACCACCCUCUUGUAAAGACCUUCGUGGCCGUGCGUCUCCGUGACAGAAAGGUCCUAUCAGCUACGUCAUUAAUUGGUCCGACGUCAACCCCUGGCACAGCCAGCAAUCCGUUCCAGGCCAGUUCCGAAAUGGGAGAUGCGAGCGACCAUGACCGGCAUCAUGAUCGCGGUGAGGCCUCGUUUGUAUCUUUUCAGGUAACCGGAGUUUACACGCUGCCAGAAGCUCGACGCCAAGGCCUCGCCAAAACACUAGCCGAGACUGCAAUAGGAGAGGCGGUUGCUUAUGCUGAGCAACAUGGCAAACGCCUUGAGCUAAGCCUUACCGUAUAUACGUCAAAUACCAGUGCCAUAUCAUUCUACGAGAGCUGCGGUUUCGUAGUCAGCCCAGAAGGACCGAGGGAAUCUUUCAACCCUCACAAGAAGGCUUCUGCCGACGAAAUUUGUAUGCAUUACCGGAAGUCCCCUUAA